AUGGCAAGAUCAGGUCAUUCCACUCAGUUGACUUCCACUUCUGGAAGACUUAGGGCGUGUCAACCACAGACACAGAAGCUCACGGACAACGAAAUUUCGGAGUUGAAAAACUACCUUCCUGAGUGGACUUCGGCGAAAAGGAAUGAGAAGCUGGGCAGUUUUCACUGCCAUAGCCAGGGCUGCCAGGCUAUUUGCUCCCAAGGUCGACCAAGCACAAUGGAAGAAGAGGAAAUGUACAAGACAUGGUUGUUCAACAACAAGAAAAAGAAGGAGAGGAAGGACAUGAUAAAGUAUGGGAGGAAAUGGACUCCUAGGCAGGUGAUCUACCAGCAGAAGCGGGAGGAGGUGCUGAAGAGGAUCGAGGACGAGUCCGGGGCAAAGCCAGGAGGUCCCGGUAUGUUCAAGUAUUAUCAGGCGGCUGUAAAGAGAGUCAUGACUGAAUUGUCCGACGACGAGUUGGAGAAGGCGAAGGACACAGCCGAAGAAUGGUCGAACAACUUUCCGCCUCCCGAGAUACAAGCACAAGUGGCUCGUAAGAAGGGACCGGCAUAUAUGGAGCACUUUUCGAAGGAGAUGUGGAGGCAAUGCAGGGAUGAGAGUAAUGAACAGGGCGAGGUGCUGUUCGGGAUGCACGAUGAUAACGAGGCAUUAGGAGAUGGGGACAGUUUCAUGAAGAUGAAGGAGUGGGAGGACAUCGAGCCAGUUUGGCAGGAGUACGCACAGGAACAAUUCGACAUCACCGAAACGAAACUCGAGGAGAAGAAAGCCAUAGUCAGAGCAUUUCUUACAUCGCACUAUCGUAUCUGUUCCGGGAUUGACAAGGCAGUUGUGCCAUGGAGCGCCAUCGUACAAAGUCAGGAUGACUUUGUGGCAAGAAAGUAUGUUCUGGCGGAUGUAGACUUGAAGGAGCCAUCGAAGUUGCAACAUUGGGACACGACCGCCUUACUGACUUUCUGGUAUGCUCGGCAGGAGAAAGGCAAAGGUCCAACAUUCCUGUUCAAAGCAUGGAAGAACAGAGAUGGGGACAUGGUAGCCUCGGUUGUAUCCUGGAAUUCACCGUCUCAUCGGACUCAUAAAGUCAGAAGAGAUAUGAUCCGAAGGCCUCGGAAUUCGGAGACCGAAACUGACAGUGAUCCCGAGAGUGAGCCCGAGGGUGACACUCAUGAUAUGGAGGAUGAUGCUGGUGAUGACGCAGCGGAAGGUAGAUCCCUGCAAAAGAGACCCAGAACAGAGCCUGGUCCUUCGACAGCACAUGAAGGAACCGCUGUCCCACGUGCAAUUCCAAAGCCUCGCCCGGUCAAUGCAGGGAAACUGGUGCACUGCUUACAUCACGAAUGGGCGACCUCCCGGCUGGACUGA